UCUCCUUUUCUGCUCUUCUUCAUCUGCUCUACUAAUUCUUAGAUGCAUUAAGAAAUCUCUCUCAUUUUUUAUUUGUAAACAAAAAAAUGAGUUUCCCUCAAAACCCUAACCCUAAUUUCACGUUCUUAUCCGAUGAGAAUUUUACUAGUCCUUUUAUGGAUAAUUUCGAUUUCUCCAAUUUGAUGGUUGAUGUUGAUGAAGGAGGCGGCACUGGAUUAGUUCAGGAGGAAGCUUCACCUCCGAGAAGCAUCGUUUCGUGGGAGACACUUAACGGUGAAAGCAGCGGAUCGGGCAGCGCAGUAACGACGUUGAAUAAAAAGGAAUCAACGAGAUGUAAAGAUGGCGAGACGAAGGAGCCGGGUCAUCGAGUUGCAUUUAGAACGAGAUCAAAGAUUGAUGUGAUGGAUGAUGGUUAUAAAUGGAGGAAGUAUGGGAAGAAAUCUGUCAAGAACAACAUUAACAAGAGGAAUUACUACAAAUGCUCAAGUGAAGGUUGCAUGGUGAAGAAGAGGGUAGAGAGAGAUGGUAAAGAUGCAGCCUAUGUGAUUACAACCUAUGAAGGAGUCCAUAACCAUGAGAUUCCCUCACAUGUCUAUUACAGUGACACGGUCUCGUCUUAUGACCGUGAUAAUUGGAACCAACACUCUCUUCUUCAAUUUAUCCAACAAAUAUCUCCUCCAUCUUGAGAUAUUACCAAGCAUCAUUGUAAAAUCUCAAUAUAUUGGCUUGUAUAAUUUUUAUAGGUAUAUUAUCUUAAAAGAAGUUAAUUAUUUCGCAAUUUUUUAUAUGAUCAUGUUUAUACGUACGUGGUUAUAAAACUUAUACAGUGAGGUUAUAAAAUUUUACGCGCCAGCGAGGUAAACUACUCCGGUUUAAAAAAACCGGUUUAUAA